AUGUCGGCCUUGAAUUUGAGCAAGGCAAGCAGGUCUGUCUCAUUAUUGCCAGAGGCAGCCAAGAUGUUGCAAGCAAGAACAAGAACAAUAAUAUGUACGGAAAAGGAUAGCCAGGGCACCAUUGGAUACCGGUGGGGAGGUGCUGGGGCGGAGCGCCGGCGAGUGGGGAGGGCUGGGGUGGUGGCGGCGGCGGCACGGCGAGAGAAGCCGGAUCGGCCCACUUUUGGCCAGAAAAGCGGCGAUGCGCUUGAGGGGGACUUCGCGCAUUUUCCGCCGCUGGAGCGUCGGGCGGUGGGAGGUCUGGGGCGCGGCAUGAAUGGGGAGGUUGGGGUGAGGCGCGGCGAGAGGAGAUUUAGCGGCAGAGAUUUCUCAUCAAAAGUGAAACGGAAGAGAAUAAUGUUCGUAGAAGAUUCAUUAAGUUUGAACCAAUGGCAAUCGUUCACGUGUAUACUUCUUGUGGCUGUUCCUAGUGUUAGCUAUACCUCCGUGAGGACCAGAGGCCUCUCCACCUUCACAUUCUCGGAAUACAAAACAAAAGUGAUGUUUUCACGCAAUGCAUUUCUAGUAGACACAGUGAAUAAAAGUAAAGGCGCUGUUCUGAAACUGGAUUCCAUUGAAGGUGGAAAGUUAUGGAAAGGAAUUGAUGUUUUGAUAUUCAAUACUUGGCAUUGGUGGCUUCACACUGGAAGAAAACAACCAUGGAAUUUUAUCCAAGAGGGGAACAAUGUGUACCAAGACAUGGAUCGAUUGGUAGCAUAUGAGAAGGCUUUGAAUACUUGGGCUAAAUGGGUUGACACCAAUGUACAUCCUGCAAAAACCAUGGUCUUCUUCCAAGGAGUUUCACCCGAUCAUAACAAUGGAAGUGACUGGGGGGAGGACAAAGCAAGGUACUGCGAGGGGCAAAAGCAGCCAGUCUCAGGGCCAAAUUAUCCGGCGGGUCCCCACGCAGCAGAGCUCGUUGUAGAGAAAGUAUUGCGAGGUAUACAAAAGCCAGUGUACUUGCUUAACGUCACUGCCCUUUCACAGCUAAGAAAAGAUGGCCAUCCCUCCGUCUAUGGCCAUGGAGGCCCCAACGAUAUGGAUUGCAGCCAUUGGUGUCUACCUGCUGUUCCUGAUACUUGGAAUCAACUUCUAUAUGCACUUCUCCUUCAAUUUUAUAACUAAACUAUAGCCACCUAC